AUGUCGUCCUCCAAACUCAUCUCUGACACCCUCCAACGUUCGGCACGCAUUCGUGGUGCAUUUCAUGAGCUUAACAAGUACGCCGCCCAUCCAGCUUAUGGAGUGCCUCUUGAACAAGUCAAGUCGGCGCUGGAGGCUCAGAAGGGUGCCCCGCCUAAGUCAACACCUCGACAGGCGCCAGCAGAAAAUGAUCUCGUUGGAAGGCUUCUACAAGACAACCAGGACAUUUGGGACCAGUUAUGCAACCAUACGUUCCCACAUAAUGUUAUGGGAACAAUGAAGACCACCGACCCGGGCUACAAGAAUGCUGUAGCUGGUUUUGCGUGGUAUAUGGUGCAAGAUUUCAAGUAUUGCACCCGAGAGAUGGUAUUCCAAAUAGAACGCGCAACAAAAUCAACUUCUACAGAUGAAUUUACUGCGACAACUGCCAAGGUCAAGAAUUAUUGUGGCUAUGUUGACGAUUCACUGGCUCUUUGCGUUGCGGCUCCGCCAGCCGGCUUGGGUCUGAACGACAAGCAAGUUCUACAGGCCGAUUCUACGGAUGCCUUGAAUUAUUACACAGACUUCCAGCUCAUUACUGCGAAAGACAAUAACUGGGCUCUUGGUUUGGUUGCGAUGAUACCUUGUGUUCAGUCGUAUUGGACGAUCGCAAACAGUCUGAAGAACAAUCCCGACGUAGAUCGGAUUUGGUAUAACCUAUGGAUAGCGCCCAAUUCAGACUAUGCCAAUUCUGGGAUUCCGGGUCAAAUUGCGUUCUUUGAACAGAAUUACGUAGAGUGGAAAGACCAUUAUGAAGAAGCUAAGGAGAUCUUCAGGCAGGCGUGUAUGGGCGAGAUCAACUUGUGGGGCAUUACUGCCAACCCUCCUUCCUGGUUAAACGUGCAAAAAAAUUAA